AUGUCACUGGCUGCGGGCAUCCUCUCGCGCACUUUCACUCGACCCCAGCAGGUGACGGAGCUCAUUCGACAGCAGGGAGCCGACCCCAAUGCGCAGCCCCAGCUACGGAUGGAGGGCACCACGGGAGGCUUCACACCCUAUCCGCUGCUGUCCCUGUGCAUCGGCAACCUCACCGACAACCGCAUCCCGUCCAUCUGGGCAGCAGACGGCGAUGAUGAGGAGCCUCCCGUCGCUUUGCCGCAGUGGUCGUCACCCGACCUGCAGGAGGCCAUCAUGAAAGCACUCAUCGAGGGAGGUGCGGACAUCAACGCCAUCCCGACCAACGAGGCGGGUGUGGACUGCCCGGGUACCACGCCCGUCCGUGUGGCCAUCAAAGCCUGCAACGAGAAGGCCUUCCGUCUGCUCAUGGCGCAAGGUGGGCUGCUGCUAGGGGGCCGUAAGGUGAUGCUGCUGCCAUGGACACUGGACACGGACCGGCCCACCGAGGACCACGAGGCCACCCUGCUGUCCUUCUACCAGCAACUCAUCCGCCGCGACCCCACCCUCGCAACCGAGACUGCUGCGCGGUAUGCCGGCAAUCCGCUGCAUUGGGCGGCCGCCACCGAUCUCGUAUGGUCGCAGUCUUUCAUCGACAGCUACAUCGACCUGUUGGUGGCCAAUGGGGCGGACAUGACGGCAGUGGACAUCAACGACUGGACGCCAUUGGACUGCGCGGCAAUAUGGGGGGACCACCGUGCGGCUGCCUCCCUGUGCCGCCGCCUCUCGUCUGCCGACAUCAACAGAGGGACCCCCAAUGACCCCAAUGACACGCCUCUCACUGCUGCUGCCUGGAUGCUCGAUGACAAGACUCAGCUGCUGGACGACGACACUGCGGAGGAGGCAGACAAGGAUCAAGCCAGAGCCCGGAUUCCCCAUCUCAAGAGCACCAUCCGUGUCCUGCUGCAGGCGGGGGCCGACAUCGCCCGGCUGCCCACGGGCACCGAGGGGCACCGCCGUCGUCGGCGUCUGGUGCUGCCCGAAUACAAGAUGGUGCUCAACGAGGUGCCCGACGUGGUCGUGUCGGCUGUCAACGCCGCCCUGCGACCUCAGCGCGACCACUCGAUGCUGCUCGCCCGUCUGCUGCCCCUGGCGCCCCACCACGACGGCCCUUCCACCCACCCAUCGCCCUCCAGCCUCUCAUUCGGCCCACAGGAGGCAGAGGCCGUCGGCUGGAAGAUCGGCUCCUUCCUGCACGAGCCACACACCGCCAUGGCGACCAUCGAUGGGUACCUGAUGGGCGAGUCGCUGCUGAAGCGCCGUGUCAUUGCGGCCGUGGCGCAUUUCGUGACGCAAGCGGCCACACGGACGACCAGCAAUCGGGAGGUGGUCGGGGGGAGCCGGCACGUGCAGCACGAGGGAGACGCGGAGAGCACCAAAGUGACGGUCCCGCCCCUACAGUGCUUCGCCGUCAAUGGGGGACAGCAGGGGGGCGGGCAGCAUCGUGUGUUGGGUGUGCGUGAGGUGGUGCACAAGGCUCGGCUGGACGAGGCGGCCCAGCACGGCGUGGAGGGGGUGGUCAAGGGCUUCAGCACCCACCUCGGCGAUAAGGACUGCCAGUUCCAGUGGCAGCAGCUGGGGUACAUCAACAGGCGGGGGCAGUUUGUGUCGCUGGGCAUCAACUGACGGCCGUGUUGCCAGUAGCUAUGUUGUUAUAGGGGAAAGGGUGAGGACAGAACGGCUCCACUGUCGCGGCUCUAUAACCCGUGAUAAUGGGCGUGAUAAUUUUGUUGCGUGAUAAUGGGUGUAAGAUGUGGCGGUGAAAGACAAGUGCCCGGCUGUUUUGUUUUGAGGAGUUUCAGAAUCUGAGCAUGUGAGCGAUAAAUCUCAUUGACCAUACAGAACUCAAAAAUGAGACGAUCUGUAUGAUGGAAC